GGCACAUUCCAGAUACUGUUCAUUUGUACAUAAACAGCACUGUGUUUUAGCUGCAAGGCUUGGUCAGAGGAGUACUGUCAACAGCAGAAAUGUCUCUUGUUGAAGAUUUAGUUUUCUACCUCGUCUCUGGUCCCACCACUCUGCUGGGGGCUGUUGCUCUCCUGCUCGUCCUGUGUCUUGUCUUCGGUAGCUUCACUUUGCAGGAAAUGGGGAAGGAGCCUCCAGGACCGAGACCGCUUCCCCUGCUUGGCAACCUGUUGCAGCUUGAUCUCAAGAGACCCUACAGAACCCUGUGUGAGCUUUCAAAGAAAUAUGGGUCUGUAUUUACGGUGUACUUAGGAACCAAUAAAGUAGUGGUCCUGGCUGGAUACAAGACAGUCAAAGAGGCUCUGGUCAGCUACGCAGAAGAGUUUGGAGACCGAGACAUCUCCCCUAUAUUUUAUGAAAUGAAUCAAGGUCAUGGGAUUCUGUUUGCAAAUGGAGAAUCAUGGAAAGAAUUGAGACGUUUUGCCCUCACCACCCUGAGAGACUUUGGGAUGGGCAAGAGAGUAGCUGAGGAUAAAAUCUUGGAGGAAUGCUGCCAUCUGACCCAAAUGUUUGAAGAGCAUAAAGGGAAACCAUUUGAUACAACAUGUCCGGUGAAUUAUGCAACAUCAAAUAUUAUCUCCUCUAUUGUGUAUGGAAGCAGGUUUGAAUACAAUGACCCCCUAUUCAAAAACUUGGUGAGAAGAGCCAACGAGAACAUACGCCUUACAGGCUCUGCAUCAAUCCACCUUUACAACAUGUUUCCCAGGCUGGUCGGAUGGAUAAAAAACCGGCAGGUGAUAUCAGAAAAUACUGAGAUGACCAUCAGAGAUGUCAAAGAUUUAAUCAAACGUCUGAAAGAGACGCUGAACCCUCACAUAUGCAGGGGGCUUGUGGACUGUUUUCUGCUUCGGAAGCAGAAAGAAGACGACUCGUGUGUUAUGGACACUCACUACAAUGAGAAGAACUUGAUAUUUACAGUGACCAACCUGUUUGCAGCUGGUACUGAUACCACGGCAUCUACACUGAGAUGGAGUCUGCUGCUUAUGGCCAAAUAUCCACAUAUACAAGAACAGGUCCAGGAGGAGCUGAACAGGGUGGUUGGAAGCCGUCAGGUCCGGGUAGAUGACCGGAAAAACCUGCCGUACACUGACGCUGUCCUCCAUGAGACACAGAGACUGGCCAACAUUGUCCCCAUGGCUAUUCCUCACAAAACCAGCCAAGAUGUCACCUUCCAGGGCUACUUUAUCAAAGAGGGGACUAUUGUGUUUCCUCUGCUUACUUCUGUUCUGUAUGAUGAGAGCGAAUGGGAGAGCCCACACACUUUCAACCCUUCCCACUUCCUGGAUGAGGAGGGUAAAUUUAUCAGGAGAGACGCCUUCAUGCCCUUUUCUGCAGGUCGCAGGAUGUGUCUCGGAGAGAGUCUGGCUAAGAUGGAGCUAUUCCUCUUCUUCACCUCCCUACUCCUGCGCUUUCGUUUCACCCCUCCACCUGGAGUCACAGAGGAUGAACUGGAUCUGACACCAGCUGUGGGCUUUACGCUCACCCCUUCAGCUCAUGAGCUGUGUGCCAUCAGUCGCUAAUGAGAGAGAGCAUGGCAUUAUAACUGCCUGUGCCAAUGGCAUGAAUAUUACUCUCACACAGGGCCGUUUACCACUUUGAUUUACAUGCUGAGCAGCCAGCAGAUGUCUCCACCCCUCAAGACCAGGAGAGAGACACAGUUAAUUUCAGUCACUUAAGACAGCAAGUUACCUGAGAUGGUAUUGGGGAAAAAUGAAUGGUAUCUUACACGGGCGGGGACACUGACGAGCCUAAAUGUUUUUCUACACAUUUGUUUAAAUAAUUUGUAGGGAAUUAGGGUUUAUAAGCAUUUUUUAGAAUGAGACUCCUACAUUAACUACAGUAUAUAUUCCUGUUAAUCGGCCGCUGUGGAUUGUUUGUAGGCCUACUUGGUUUUGUAGAUUGUAAUUUAAUUUCUUAUAUUGCAGCCAACGGCAGAAAUCACGUCAGUUAGUACUAUAAAUAAAUUUGGACCUGCCUCUUCAAAUAGCUGAUUGCAUGAAUGUCUAAAAUUAAACUACAUUUAUAUACCAAUCUUU